UGCAAAAUAAAAACAUUCGGUAAGUUAUACUCACGUUACGCCAUUUUCUUUUCGAUCUAAAUAAUGGCCUUUUAAAGUGGUGAAUUCUUCUACAGUAAAACUUAUUGCUGAAAAUGAAGUUGAACGUGUCAUACCCUGCUACCGGAGCACAAAAACUUAUUGAGAUAGAAGAUGAAAUUAAACUUCGAUCUUUCAAUGAUAAACGCAUGGCACAAGAAUGUAGUGCUGAGUGCCUCGGUGAAGAAUGGAAGAACUACAUUGUUCGUAUAUCUGGUGGUAAUGACAAGCAAGGUUUUCCAAUGAAGCAAGGUGUGAUGACAAAUGGUCGUGUUAGACUUCUUCUAAGUAAAGGUCACUCUUGCUACCGUUCACGUCGAACAGGUGAACGCAAAAGAAAAUCAGUACGUGGUUGCAUUGUUGACAGUAAUUUAAGUGUGCUGAAUCUAGUUAUUGUAAAGAAAGGAGAUAAUGAUAUUCCUGGGCUUACUGAUCGUGUGGUCCCUAAAAGAUUAGGCCCAAAGAGAGCUAAUAAAAUAAGAAAAUUGUUUAACUUAGCUAAAGAAGAUGAUGUUCGAAAAUAUGUUGUUGAACGUGAGAUUAAACCUAAAGAGGGUAAACCUGCUCCCAAGGUUAAAAAAUUUAAAAGAGCAAAGAUCCAGCGUCUAGUAACACCCCAGCGACUUCAAAGAAAAAGACAUGUAAUGGCACUUAAACGUUCUCGUGCAGCUCAUGCCAAGCAGGAGGCAGCUACAUAUGCAACUCUUCUUGCCAAACGUCAUAAAGAAGCAAAAGAAAAAAGACAUUCAGAGCACAUGAAGAGAAGACGGUUAUCCAGUUUAAGAGAAAGCAAGUCACACUAAACUGUAGUAAUUUUGUGAAUACAUUUCAAUGUUUAUUUCAA